GGCUGUGCUGUGCUGCGUUGCCGGGCGGGCUGCAGGUUGCUGGCGGCGAGCAUGGCUGUGGCGGGCAGGGUGCUGGUGUACGGCGGUAGAGGGGCCCUGGGGUCCCAGUGCGUGCAGUACUUCAAGUCCAGGAACUGGUGGGUCGCCAGCAUCGACCUGUCCGAGAACGAGGAGGCCAGCGCCAGCGUGGUGGUGAGAGCCGCAGAGUCCUUCACCGAGCAGGCCGAGCAGGUGACAGCAGAGAUUGGAAAGCUGCUUGGUGAAGAGAAGGUGGAUGCGAUCUUAUGUGUAGCAGGAGGAUGGGCUGGAGGCAGUGCCAAAGCUAAAUCUUUGUACAAAAACUGUGAUCUGAUGUGGAAACAAAGUGUUUGGACAUCCACUAUUUCCAGUCACCUAGCCACAAAACAUCUGAAAGAAGGAGGUCUCUUGACUUUGACAGGAGCUCAAGCUGCUUUAUCUGGAACUCCAGGGAUGGUUGGCUAUGGCAUGGCUAAAGGAGCAGUGCACCAGCUGUGUCAGAGCUUGGCUGGUGCCAAUAGUGGUUUGCCAUCUGGCUCUGCUGCUGUUGCUAUUUUACCAGUUACCUUGGAUACACCAGCGAACAGGAAAUCAAUGCCUGAUGCAGAUUUCAGCUCUUGGACAUCCUUAGAAUUCAUCGCUGAAACCUUUUAUGACUGGAUAACAGGAAAGAAUCGACCAAACUCAGGGAGUCUAAUCCAGGUGAUAACUGCCAAAGGGAAGACUGAACUCGUUCCAGCACAUCUUUGAUGUCGGAUGCUUAAGACUGGAACUUCAGCAAAGGAGAAGCUAUGGAAAGUCUGUCUGCCAGCAUAAUUUGAGUGCUCGUGUGUAUCCAGUGAUUGUAACAAUGUCAUUAUUGGAAUCAAAUUUCAAGUAAUAUUUCUGUGCUGUCCAUUGUGAGCUAUCUGUGCUUAUUUACCAGAAAGUAUCAAGCAUUUGUCUCUAAAUUGAAGCUGCAGGCUUUGGAGUCUGUAGAUGUCCUAAAUCCUGAGCAUUAUAAGGUCAUUUCUCUGAAAUGGGAAUUGCAUUAAUGUUGUGUGAUCUCAUAUGUAAUGUUGGUUACUUUUCUCAGUCAGUGUUUCUAGCAAUUUACCGUGAAUCUGUCAGUUGUCUUUUCUUUCUCUGUCUGGGAAUAUAGCUCUACCCCUGCUAUUAUGUUGGCUGUAGUUAUAGGAAACACUGUGAUCGUAUGUCCUAGUCUUCUAACACUUUCCUUCUGUAUGCUCUGCUGGAGUUAGUGGAACUCUAUAGGGAUUACUAACUUGAGGAGUUCCUAAUUUGCCUUACAGUUUAUAAACUGCUGUCAGGCCUACAGUUGUAGGAUGAAACAGCAGUUUUGCCAAAUGCCUUUGUGUUAGUACAUAAAUACUAGGAAAAAGUGUACACUUCUAUUUGAACAUAAAUAUUUUGUGCUAAAUAAAUAUAUAUUGUUUUACAUAUUGAA